CCUUCAGCUGAUUGUCAAGUGUCAUCCGACUACAAGAAUCUUAUCAGCAAUUGCUUUGUUUUCCUCAACUUCUCUGCAAAACAACACUCAUAUGUGAGUUAAAUGUGUGUCUCUGCCUAGUCUUGGGGCGCUUUUGUACCGAGUGUAUCAGGAGUUCAAGCCUACACUGUUCAGGAAGCGCACCUGGAAAGUUGGGAAGAAAUGUCUCAACAGCAAGUCAAGUACGAACUGCUCGAGGGUCAGCGAGAAAAUAGGCUCAAGUACUCCUCUUAUUUGCAAGUGGCGCUGCUGAUCCUCCUGUGUGCAAUCUCCAGCGUGACCGUGUACACGACGUGGACGAUCAUCUACCGGAACAGUUUCAAUUACCCCCCAAAAUUAUUUGAUGUUCCAGCGCUCUUAAUUCAUCGAACAAACAUUUAUUCUCAGUAUCUGAGCGAUUUCUCGGUCCACGAGACCCAGGCAGUGACGAAUUCCACCGCGAAUGGAGUGGAAAGUGCCUUGCAGAGGACACAGGGAUCCCCAGUGUCAAUGAAGGAGCUCGAUAACGAGCGUAUCCUGCCAUCGCGCUAUGGGAACUUCAUUCCCACGGAGCGCGGAGGGAAGAAGCGGCUGGUGUGCUACUAUUCAGUGCCGUACGAUGUCGAGAGGCGGCAUGAGCUUCAACCGCAGGACAUUGAUCCGCACUUAUGCACACACAUCAACGUGGGCUACGUUGCUGUGGUGAAUCACACGCUGCUGCUGGACGAUGUGCUGAAGAAAGUGUUUGUGCAGCUGACGGCGUUGAAGAAGAUCAACCAGGAGCUGAAGAUUCUCGUGUGGACGGGCGGAAUGGAGGACAGUGGAUUUCCUGAGAUGGUGAAAGAUCAUGCGAGGCGGAAGCUCUUCAUUCAGAGCGUGAAGAGUGUUUUGGAAACGUUCCGAUUGGACGGAAUCGACCUGGAUUGGGAGUUUCCAGGUGGAUUUGAUCGACAACGACAGCACUUUUCGCAACUCCUGCACGAGAUUCGGCGAGAGUAUCAGCGAGAGCACAGAACAUAUUUGCUAACUGUGGCUGUGGCGGCACCGCGGCCCAUCAUCGAUGUGGCGUAUGAUGUUGGUGAGAUCAACAGCUAUGCAGAUUUCAUCAACGUGAUGACAUACGAUUACCACUUCUAUGGCGCGAUAUCGCCUAUGACGGGCAUCAAUGCGCCUCUCUUCGCGAGGGAUAACGAGAAGGGACUUCUGGCGAUGCUCAACAUCAACUACACUGUGAACUAUUGGCUGGAGCGCGGCAUGGACAAGGACAAGAUUGUCGUGGGUCUGCCGACUUACGGGCACUCCUUCCAUCUGGCCAAUCCUCUCAACCACCGUAUCGGCAGUCCGGCGACGGCCUUUGGCUCCACUGGAGUCCAAGGCUUUGUGUCAUACUCAGAAGUGUGCUGGUUUCAACAAAACAACAUCUUCGUCACCACGCAGUACGAUAAUGCGACGUGCUCGCCUUUCACCACAGCAGGAACCGAGUGGAUUUCCUACGACGAUGUCGUGAGUCUGGAGUGCAAAGCGAAGUGGGUGAAGGAUAAUGACUUCGGAGGAGUUAUGAUUUACUCUCUCAACGCGGACGAUUAUGGGCUCCACUGUCGACGAGGCGACAUCCUAGCAAAUCAAGAGACAUUCCCAUUGUCACGUAAAAUCCACACGGUUCUCUUUAACAACUUUUCCGCGACGAACAAUUGAGGAGUGAUCUUUUAGAUAAGAGUCUCCUUCAGCAGUGAUGAUCACAAUGUUGUGUAGCUCUGGAAGAACGUGAAUUUGUAAUUUUUUGCCAUAGAACUGAAAUGUUCACAUUUCCAGAGCAAAGUUUCUAAAGCGAUACACGUCAAUUGGGCGGUCCAAGAUAUUAAUCACCAGUUAAAGUUGGGGCAAUUUAUUAUGUUUGAAAGCUUUAAAGGUAUAUAUUUAUAUAUAGUUUAUUUUCUCCCUUUGAUCCCCACUUGACGUAUUUCAGUACAAUUAAUCAUCUAUCAGUAUCGAGACUUACGUGAACAGUUGGUGGAAAUUUAAUGGGCUGCAAGAAGUCUAAAUGUCCUCUGACGGAAUGAAAGAAUUUAAGAUUACUUUUUGGAAACAUUUUUAGACAUAAAUAAGGAUUUUAUUUAACUGAAUACUGUCAACAAGUUCUUCGCUUUUGCUGGUUAAUGCAUACAUUUUAUACUUUGAGAAAAUUGUCCUUUAAUCCUAAAAUCAAUCUUUAUAAGACUUAUUUCCUCUGAAUUGUUCUGUUAAUUUUGAGAAUUUACGUCUUGGCGGCAGAAUUGAAGCCAUAUUACUGAGUUUUUUUUUAACGUAAUUCACUUCGUGCGGAUAAGCAGCCCAAUUAAUUUCCAAUCACUGUAUUGCUCGACCGGGUGAUUUAUCAUCACUGCUGCAGGAUCAUCUCAACUGACAGCAAUAUUUUCCAUGCGGAGUUUCGCUCCGACCAUUCCAUAUUUAUAUUUAUUUAUUGUGCUAUAUAGGCGAUGUCUUGCCUCCCCACCCAAAAAUUAUUGUUAUUGAAGAGAAGUGGAUUUGUUGGGAAGCCGCAAAACUCCUUCUUUGUUUGAGAAGAGCGAUGAGAGUGUUCUUGUCUAAAUUCACUUAAUUUAGUGAGUUUUUCGAUUAUGCUUUCUUUGAAAACGAGAGAGAGAGAGAGAGAGAGAGAGAUGAAAAGUAUUUAAGGGAGGAGAAAGUGAAAGAUUUACGGUGAUUCUGAAGAGUUUUCACCUCAUAAGCAGAUUUAGUACAAGGAGAAAGGAAGAGGGCAAAAGGGUGCAGGAAAAGCCACUCGUGAAGGAUGAAAAAUUGAAAAUUGGUUUGAAGGCAAAUUCAAUUGUUGGGCAAAAUGUCUUCCACAUGAAUCUCGAUGGAAUAUUCUUUGAUGGAAUUUCACUCUGGUUUUCUAAACUUUUUCCUCUACCUCAAAAUCAUUUAUCAAUUGAAUUAAAAUGAGGGUUUUUCGAGUCAGACUUUUAUCUUGUGAAAAUGAAAAUUCCAUUGUUCUACUUUAAGAGCCGGAAAUUCAGGGAGAGAUUGGAGAUAAAUUAUAUCCUUAUACUUGUGGAAGUCUCUUUUUUUUCUCACUGGAGUGCCUCGCUUCGCUACACAAGAAGAACGCGGGUGAAUAUAGAGGGCAUAUUAAUGAUUCUCAACGCAUAGAAUUCUAAUUUCCCUUCUCAUUACAAGCACAAUCGCUUGUCCGGUUUUUUUUCUUGGCUCAUUUUGAAAGUUUUUCCCCGAAACGCCCAAAGGAAGCUCCUCUGCUUUUUCAAUAGGGACAUAAAUCUAUUAUGUAGAGUACUUCCUGGGGACAAUGUCGAUCCUCAGUGUGGACAAGGAGUGAAAUGAUGGUCGACAAAACCAAUUUAUCAAAUGUGUGAUAAUUUUUCAAUUUUUAUGGCAGCUCAAGCGGCAUUUCCACUGAUGCUUGCCUGUAUGUCUUUAGUUCAUAUUCCACAAUUACUUUCCGGACUGUAUUUUCCGCUGGAAAUAGAAUUAAAAAGGGCGAGCGUGGGGAAUAGGAUGAGCCACAGGUGCCAAAUUGUCAUUAAAUAAAAAGCAGAAGUGUGAGUGAACAGUGUGGAGCAAUUUAUGGUCUGACGAGGGAGUGAAAUAUGCUUCUAACGUGGCCCAUUGGUGAAAAAAAAUGAAAGUUGGAAGGCUCAAAAGUAUGAUGUGAAAGAACGAAGAGAGGAAAUGUGAAAUUUAAUUCUGUUUUGCUCUAACAGCAGACGAAGGAAAUUGAUUUUUCUCUCUUUCUCUAUCCCAUGAUUUCCUGUAUUAUUCCCGAAAGUAUGAAAAAUGAUAUAUUUCACCUCACUUUGACAUGAUGUAUUGCGAUAUUGUUACCAUUAUUGUUUUACUUUAAUUUUUGUUGUUCCUGUAUUAUGUGUAUACAAUUGUAGUCGAUGUGGAGAAGCAAUAUAAUAUAUAAUAAUAAAGGACAGAAUGUCACCAAAGAACAAACAUUGGAAUUUCUAAUGCUUUGAAAAUUGAGAUUGUUUCAUUGUUCAUUGAAUUGAAGAAAUAAUUC